GGAAUUACGCCAAAGGGAACAAAGAUACUGAAAAAAACAAAGAUACUAAAGAGAAUGCAAAUACCGAAGAGAAUGAAAACACCAAAGAGAAUGAAGACACCAAAGAGAAUGAAGACACCAAAGAGAACAAAGAUACUAAAGAGAACAAAGACACCAAAGAGAACAAAGACACCAAAAAGAAUGAAGACACCAAAAAGAAUGAAGAUACCAAAGAGAAUGAAGACACUGAAGGGAAUAUAAACACCAAAGAAAACAAAGAUACCAAAGGAAGCAAGAUAUUGAAGGAAGCAAGGAAAUAA